AUCAACGAUACUGCAUUUUAUUCUGCCUCGGUCAACGACGAUGAGAUAGAUGGUUGUACUCCGUACUGUUUGAGUGUCUGACUUAGCGAAAAGAGCCACCAACUAAACAGAUCGAACUAGAGUGCCACUUGCCUCGCCUCGCCAAAAGCGUCCUGAACUCCCCUUCUCCUGCCCCAAGAAUCAGCCAGUUUCUUUUACAUCCACGAACAAACCCAUUGAACCCCGAUCAAUGUAGUCAUCUUGGUGGAAAUGACUACUUUCGACUAAAUCAUGUCUUUCGUUUUCGAUGCUGCACUGUCCAGGUAGAUCCAGGCAGUGUCCCCUGCGCCAUCGCCAACACCAACAUCGGGUCUAGCACCAGUUGCAGCGCAGCCAAAGACGCCUCCGCAACAGGAUGCAAACGUCGGCGCCAUCCAUGAAUGCCCCUUAUGGUGGAGGAUCCCAUGUGCGCUCUUCCUCUGGCUCCGGUCGGGCGCAACGUAGUACCAAUCCCGACAAGCAAAUCUCCCAGAUCGAGAAGAGUGUCACCCAUCUCCUCGUCGCCACGAAACAACUCCUCGAGACUCUCACACAAUGGUCGCGUGGGCAAGCACAAGAAGAGGAGGUUUCAGAUGUCUACGUGCGCUUGGGAUACGAAUUCAACUUGGCAUGCCGUGCUUUCAACUCAAUAGGUGUCGAGACAUCCGACCUAGGUCCUGUGCCCGAUCUCCUACGAAGUAUUCUCGAGGACACUCUGAGUCAGCCUGCCUCUCCUCAAGCCCUCGACAACUAUCUGCCCCGAAUACGAGAUAUCAUCAUAAACUUAUUGCAUGGCCUGAAGAGAAAGCAAAGCCGGUUACGUGGAAGAGGCACGAAGGACAAUGCAGCUACACCCCAAGCACGACCUCCUGGUGGCCAGGCACGACAAGCCAGCGUAUCGACAACUGGAAGCAAUGAGACGGGAUUAACGCAUAUGCUGGACGAUGUCUCGAGUGCCACUUCCAGCCUCCGUGGGCAAACUUCUCAGCAGGACACUAUUACUUCGCCUGAACACUCCCAUACCCCCAAGGCUCCUAUAAAUAGACAGUCGAUGCGCCGCGAUGUGCCAGCGCAAAUACCGCAAUCCGAUACCACUUCCAGCAUGUCCUCGACAACGGCCCAGAACCUACCGGUGACGGCCCCCUAUCAAGAGGUAGAACAAUCCAGUCCAGCUCCUCAUAUCAAUUUCCCUCAUCCUCCGCCACCGCCUCCAAAGCAGACCGAUGCUCUCACCAGGCUACAGCGUGGUGGAGAUCUGGAAAGACGAGCUUCAAGGAGAUUCUCGGCUUACCAAAUCCAAAAGCACCUUGGAGCAUCUCCCAAUGGAGUGCCCGUGAUACCUGCGGCUCAAAACUCGCCAAUCCCAAAUCGAGGGAAGGAGGCGCAAGAGUCAUUGACGGCUGUUCGUUCCCGAAGCUCUUAUCAGCAGUCUAGAUCGCGGUCCAUGCGUCAAGGAGAUGUUUCGCCUAGUAGAAGUGGCACGGUCAGGGCACCACAACGUAUAUCAGAAGAGCGAGAAGAAACGCCGAUUCUCUCGCUGGACUCAAUGCCUCAGAUGAAGGCACCUGAAGACCAGCUCAACAUUGAUAGCCCAACUGUGAAGACUCCUGAAGAAUAUCACCAACCACCACCUCCACGACAAGAUACUGGAAGCUCAGACAAGUUGUCUCUUGGUGCUACCAUCAAUGGGCCUCUGGGACCAGCUCCUGAAGAACUGCAAAACACAUCGCCGAUCGCCUCUCAUCCCGUGCCACCUCCGCCAGAAGAUGGGACGUCCUUCGAAGAAGGUGCUGUAAGUAGUGCGGAAACGGUGCAGCAAAAGCCACGAGCGGAUGUUACGUCUACCCAAACGCAAAGGCCACCUUUCGAGUCGUCCCCUGCCCAGGGCAAGGAAUUGACACUGUUCCUGCAGUACAGGAGCAAGAUCAAGAAGUUCGUGCUGGUCGAUGGUUAUGAGGAGUUGACGAUUCCACGACUACAACUUGCAUUUAUCGAGAAAUUUGCUUGGAAUACACAACAUGAUGGUGGAGAACUUCCAGAAAUAUACGUACAGGAUCCAGUAUCUGGGGUGAGACAUGAGCUGGAGGAUCUUUCAGAUGUUAAAGAUCGAAGUGUCCUUGUCUUGAAUGUGGAGCAACUUGAUGAAGUAAAGAAGCAUAUUGACGAAGGACUCGGAGGUCUUCAGAAAAGCCUUGAAGGCGUGCGGUCAUUAUUAGAAGGACAUGGUACCCUCAUGCAGCGAUUUUCGGACCGACAACUCGAAACUUCGAAGGAAAUGGCUCGAAUGUCUGCUGUACCGACGUCAACGUCGCGAACUCCGGUGUUGGCUUCUGGCUCUUUUCCACCACCAUCAGGAGCAUCGGCUUCUACGAUCCAGGAAAUCCAGAACCUACGAAAGGAAAUCGCCGUGCUUCGACAGACAUACUCGACCAUGUCCUCAGAUUUUAGUGCGGCCAUGACUGACAUCAAAUCCAAAGCAGCCAAUGUCAAGUCGGCUGCUGCCGAAGCGGCGAAUUCUUCCUACAAAGGAGAUGCUGGGCGUGCCCAUAUUAACCAAGGAAAGAAGGCACUGUCCGAUGACUCGGAGGCUCUCGUCAACCGUGUGGAUGAUUUGUCAGACAUUGUUGAAGAGCUUCGUAAGGAUGUUGUGACUAGAGGAGUCAGACCGCUGCCACGUCAACUUGAAGACAUUAGCAAGGAGAUCAGUGCUGCCGCUAAACAACUAACAAAGGUCAAAGAUUUCGUCAAGCGUGAGAAGCCUAUCUGGACCAAGAUUUGGGAGCAAGAGUUGCAGGUAGUGAUGACAGAACGAGACGAUCUCACUCAGCAAGAUGAAUUGAUGAAUGAUCUCGACGGCGAUCUUGAAGAUAUUACAAAUGUAUUCAAACUUGUGGAGGAAGCUACCAAGCAACAAAAUAUCCAGAACACCGCCGCACCUGGCCGCCAAGCGUCGAAAAAUCUGGCUUUCGAGACGGACAUUGAUCCCCACGAGGCGAAGAGUGGAAUGCUGGAUGAAGUUCGAGCCCUUCAGCCUAACCAUGAAAGUCGGCUUGAGGCUAUCGAGCGGGCUGAAAAGGUCCGACAGCGUGAGCUUGAGAGUCGCAAAGUCGGUGAAUUCCAGCGCGAGGUUGAGUCGUUUGUAGAAGAAGGCAAGCUGAAGAAGACGGGUGGAAUGGACGAAGUCGAGAGAAGGAGAAAGUUGAAAGAUGAGCAGGCUCGUAAGGAGAACUGGGAACGUCAACAAGCAAGAGCAGCGGAACUAGAGAAGAAGAGGGCCGAAGCGGCGGCAGCGAUGGCAGCGGCUGCCGCUGCUGCCGAAACCAACGGCACCACGCAAGAAUCGGAAAAUGACACCUCUCAAGAAGGCGAAGCGGCAUUUCAAGAUGCAAAGGAAGAGAGCGGCCAGUCGCCCGAGGAUGGAACAUCACCUGUACCGCCGGCAGUUCCCACCAAGGACGGAGUCGACAACAGUGAAGGUCCGGCACCACAAUUACCUGAAGUCGAGACCGAUGGGGAGAAGGGACUUGGUAUGUCAUUUUCUUCAUAAAGACCUAAUAUAAUGUAUUUGUCCACGACAAAACUAUAUGUAUACUUUUGAAAAUUCUCAAGAUUGCCACUGAUGAUUUUGGUUGUGGUAUCAUAGACUCUAGCGAAGCAGUUUCGGGGAAUGUCUCUGUGGAUUCAAAGGACCACAGUGGAGUGGUAGGUGAUCAGAAAGAAGAUGAGAUCAAAAAGGACGAACAAGACGACAAGAAAGAUCACCGAGGCAGUUGGUGGCAGCCUGCGAUAUUCUCGACUUAGCGAAUCGAGUGGUGAUGGCGUGCGUGUGACUGACUGACUGAACUGACCAGUGACAUCGGUUGAAGGUGGUUUUUUGUUUUUCCCAACAUCUGACUUCUUUUCUUGUUCAACAACGAUGGUUUGGCAGGGAGAAUGGUUUCCGUGUUGUGGUUAUGGUUUUUACGAAGAAGGAUGAAUACCCCUUUGUCGUUAAUAACUGGAUGUUUGACGAAUGAAGUCGAAUCUUCCCAUUACAACGGGAUAUUGCCGAGUACGGAUUGAUAUAUUUCAGAUGUGGUUUUCCUUAUUUUUCUGUUUGGCUAAUUCACUCCAACCAAAUUUCCCAGCGCGCAGGAAGCGAGCGAUCGGAGCGAGCGAUGUGUAUACAAGUACUCUGUAUAAGGGGCGAGUUUAUCCUCUUCUGUCGUUUUUUAAAUGGAUGAUAUCCUUUUGUGACAAUUGAG